AUUACUUGGAAUCUUUCCGGUGAAAGAAAAUGGCAGAGGAGAACGAGUAGUACGAUGAAGUCGAGUUAGAGCGGGGGAGUGACACGCCGUUGACCAUUUAAGACAAGAGCUAUAGAGAGACACGAUGGAGCUCGAUCUUCCUGAGAGUCCGACCAGAUCAGUUCGUUGCAUUGUGAAACUUGGAGGUGCGGCGAUUACACGGAAGAACGAGCUGGAGGAGAUUCACGAUGAGAAUCUGGAAGCUGUGGCGUGUCAGUUACGUCAGGCUAUGACGGAGGGUUCGGCUCCAAGCAAGGUUAUUGGAAUGGAUUGGAGCAAGAGACCUGGAAGCUCUGAGAUUUCUUGUGAUGUUGAUGACUUAGGGGAUCAUGACUCUUCUGAGUUUAGCAAAUUUGUUGUUGUUCACGGCGCAGGUUCCUUUGGACACUUUCAGGCAAGCAGAUCAGGCGUUCACAAAGGAGGACUUGAGAAACCUAUUGUUAAAGCUGGUUUUGUUGCUACUCGCAUAUCUGUCACAAAUCUUAAUCUUGAGAUUGUACGAGCACUUGCACGAGAGGGUAUUCCUACAAUCGGCAUGUCUCCAUUUUCAUGUGGUUGGACAACCUCCAAAAGAGAUGUGGCUUCUGCGGAUCUAUCAACAGUAGCUAAAACAAUCGUUUCAGGAUUUGUCCCUGUUCUCCAUGGAGAUGCAGUGCUAGACAAUAUACUGGGCUGCACCAUAUUGAGUGGUGAUGUUAUCAUCCGUCAUCUUGCAGAUCAUUUGAAGCCAGAAUAUGUUGUCUUCCUCACAGAUGUGUAUGGCGUUUUCGAUCGACCACCUUCAGAGAAUGAUGCUGUGCUCUUGAAAGAGAUCGCUGUUGGAGAAGAUGGAAGCUGGAAGGUUGUGAAUCCAGUGAUGGACCUCACAAACAAGAAAGUUCAAACCUCUGUUGCUGCCCAUGAUACAACGGGUGGAAUGGAAACAAAGAUAGCAGAAGCUGCUAUGAUUGCGAAGCUCGGAAUCGAUGUCUACAUUGUGAAGGCUGCGACUCCUCAUUCACAGAGAGCACUCAACGGCGAAUUGAGAGAGAGUGUACCUGACGAUUGGUUAGGGACUAUCAUUAGAUUCUCAAAGUAGAAUGAACUGUGACACGCACACUAAUUCCAGUUUUUCGAAAGAGAUAACAUUGAACUCUGUUUGCUAAUUGUGUUUGUGUUCAUUACCAAAGUUUGUGUUUGUGUUCAUAAGCUUAUAACUAAUGUUUGUGUAAAAUCGUGACUCGAACACUUA